ACUUUUGUGUCAAACUGUCAGCUGAAAGCUGCCGUAACAAUUUUAUAAUUGAAUGGUGGAAAUAUAAAAAUAUACAAUAUUUAAUAGCAUGGCUGCAGCUCUAGGCCGAAUUACUAAUUUAACAAAAUCACAAGUUGGACAAUUUCUCCCAGCGAUAUGUAACAAUCAAAUUGUCUUUUACUCUGGACCGCCACCAGGUACUCCUCCACCUCAAACUAAAACGAAGUUUGGGCCUCUUGCUGAUGAAGAUAGAAUUUUUACUAAUCUUUAUGGCAGACAUGAUUGGAGGCUUAAAGGUGCUAUGAAAAGGGGAGACUGGUACAAAACGAAGGAGAUCUUAUUGAAGGGAUCAGAUUGGAUUAUUAAUGAGGUAAAAGUAUCUGGUUUGAGAGGUAGAGGAGGAGCUGGUUUCCCAUCUGGUAUGAAAUGGUCUUUUAUGAAUAAGCCAGGAGAUGGACGGCCUAAAUAUCUUGUGGUAAAUGCUGAUGAAGGAGAACCAGGAACUUGCAAAGAUAGAGAAAUCAUGAGGCAUGAUCCCCAUAAGCUUGUUGAGGGAUGUUUGAUAGCUGGCAGAGCUAUGGGAGCUAAAGCUGCAUAUAUUUAUAUUAGAGGAGAGUUUUAUAAUGAAGCUUCAAAUAUGCAGGUUGCUAUUGCAGAGGCAUACCAGGCUGGAUUUUUAGGUAAAAAUGCAUGUGGUUCUGGCUAUGAUUUUGAUGUAUUUAUGCACAGAGGAGCUGGCGCAUAUAUAUGUGGAGAAGAAACUGCAUUAAUUGAAUCCAUUGAAGGUAAACAAGGAAAACCAAGAUUGAAGCCUCCAUUCCCAGCUGAUGUAGGUGUAUUUGGCUGCCCUACAACUGUAACUAAUGUUGAAACUGUUGCAGUAUCACCAAGUAUUUGCAGAAGAGGAGGUACUUGGUUUGCUUCAUUUGGUAGAACCCGUAACUCUGGUACCAAAUUAUUUAACAUUUCUGGUCAUGUUAAUCGUCCAUGUACAGUAGAAGAAGAGAUGAGCAUACCAUUGAAAGAGCUUAUUGAAUUGCAUGCAGGAGGUGUUACUGGUGGGUGGGACAACCUUUUGGCUAUUAUUCCAGGAGGAUCAUCUACACCUCUUAUACCAAAAAAAGUGUGUGAGGAUGUUUUAAUGGACUUCGAUGGUUUAGUUGCAGCCCAAACUAGCUUGGGAACUGCUGCUAUUAUUGUGAUGAAUAAACAAACUGAUAUUGUAAAAGCAAUUGCUAGACUCAUUAUGUUCUAUAAACAUGAAUCUUGUGGACAAUGCACUCCAUGCAGAGAAGGGGUAAACUGGAUGAACAAAAUGAUAUACCGUUUUGUAGAUGGCAAUGCAAAACCAGAUGAGAUUGAUAUGCUGUGGGAAAUUAGCAAACAAGUCGAAGGACACUCAAUAUGUGCUCUUGCUGAUGGUGCAGCAUGGCCUGUACAAGGUCUAAUCAGGCAUUUUAGACCAGAGCUAGAAGAAAGGAUGCGAAAAUAUCAUGAAAAGAAGAGUGCUGCAGUUUAAUGAUAAAUAUAUUAUUAUUAUAUAGAACUUAAGAAUAAGGAUAAAUUACCAUUUUUAAGUAAUUUCAAUUUUUUUUAUUUUGUCCUUUUGGUUGAUUUUUAUAAAUUGCAGAAUGUCAUAGUGUAAAUUAUUUGUUAAUAUCUCGUAUGUAAAUACUGUCAUUGUAUGUUAAAUAAAUUAAAAAAUAUAAUAUGA